AUGGUGACUAACGCUCAGUGGUUGUUGGUGAUUGGAAUAACCGCAUUGCAAUUUUCUGUAUCGAAAACUCAGCGGGAGAACCUUAUAGGCGACGAACGCGAGAAGCCUCAAACCGCUCGCGAUGUUUUCAAUACAACAUCCUGUAUCCCUCCUCCGUAUAGAUGUCCCCAUCCGAGAAUGCAGUUUUUCUUAUAUACAAGAUCAACUCAGGAAAAAGGCGAACUGAUCAACACUCUCGAUAACGAUUCGCUAAAAUAUUCUAAAUUCAAUCCUAAACACCCGACGAAAAUUGUAGUCCAUGGAUUUGGUGGAGGCAGGAAUCUAUCACCGAGCACUGACAUGAGAAACGCAUAUUUCAAAAGAGGGAAUUAUAAUAUAUUUAUUGUCGACUACGGGACCUUGGUUAAGGAGCCUUGUCUUGGUCAGAUAGAAUGGGCUCCGCGGUUUGCAAGUCUCUGCAUUGCACAGUUAGUAGAAUAUGUGCAGUACCACCCAAGCAAAGGAAUUCCUCCGGAGAAAAUUCAUACUAUAGGAUACAGUGUUGGUGCCCAUAUUCUAGGCCUUGUAGCUAACCACAUAACAGAAGGAAAACUAGGAAGGAUUACAGGUUUAGACCCAACAAUAUUUUUCUACAUGGGAAAUAAUCGUUCGCGAGAUUUAGAUUAUACUGACGCAGAAUUUGUAGAUAUUUUUCACACUGGUGCAGGCAUUCUUGGUCAAUGGGGUCCAAAUGGACAUGCCGACUUUUAUGUCAACGGAGGGUCUAGCCAACCUGGCUGUGCUCAUGAUACUAUUUUUCAAACCUUAUCAUGUGACCAUACUAAAGUAACGCCGUACUUCAUAGAGUCAAUCAACAGCCGUACUGGUUUCUGGGCUGGACCAUGUCCCAGUCUAUUUUCCUACCUCAUAGGCUGGUGCGAGCCCAAAGACACUGAUUAUGUACUGAUGGGUGAACAUGUGACCCAUAAGGCACGCGGUGUGUACUACGUCACGACGAAUGCAAAGCCACCUUAUGCCAGAGGAUUCCCCGGAAAAGGCCGAAGAGUCAGAUCCUUAAUACCAUAUAGAUAA